AUCCUCCCACCAUCUGAUCUAAGCUUCAGGUAUUGACAUUCUUCCUUCCUAGUCAUACUAUUUACUGCAGCUCCAAAGGUUCUGUGGUUGGAAAACAGCUAUGAACAAAGCAAGCUGGAGGAACGAUUUGCAUGUUAGUAAUGUUGGGCCAUUUUGUGGUUGAGCUGCUGUUGGAAGUAGAGCUGUUCUCUUAUUGCGACUUCCCAGCUUAAAGAUUAACGUGUGGCCAGACUUGAGUUUAAGCCUUAUCUUCUUCUUGCGGUCUUACAAGAUUUUUCUCACAUUACUGUGAUCUUAGGCAUCACAAUGCUAGCAUGUAGUAUCAAAUUUAGAAGAUAAUUUUAGUGGAUGAUAGCUACUGCUGCGAACCAAUCCAAAAUUUUCCUGAUAAUGCAAGAGAAUCAUUACAACUUAUCUGAAAAAUAUUUACUUGUCAAUUUUUCAGUUUCUGGAAUAUCCUCUUCAUGCUUAAUCUGUGGCUGUCCACAACCCUGUUAAAAAACAAAGGAAAAAAAAAACCCCUCUGCUGCUUCCAUAACCCAAGUCUGAAUUUAAAGGAGGUAGUCUUUUUUCUGUUCAGGGUUUGGGUGUUUCUCUCUCUAUUUUCUUAAAAGACAUGAAGGGUAGUGACAAAAGAAAAUCCUAUUUUUAGUGGUCAAGAUGAAAGCAUAAAUCCCGACCUCAACGGUCACUCAGUUUGGAAAAUUGGGAAUAUCUUAUUUAUUUUGUGGGUAAACAAUGGUUGCCUUGUAGUAUGCCACGUGUCAUUUAGCCAAUCCCCUUUGUGUGGCAGUUAACAAUUCACAAACCGAUCCAUAUAAUUAUUAGUUUCUUUCUCUUACGCUCAAAACUCAUUACCAAAAUAGUAGUUCUCUUCCCUCCACUUCUGCAGUAAGUGAAGUUCCUGUGAUUUGGUCAAUUGCCUUCUGAAGUCUUAGCCCUCGAACCCAUGGCUACAACUGUUUCAGCUGUUGGAGCUGUCAACUGCUCACAUUUGGGCUUGAACAGCUCUGGUUCUGGUGCUUUGGCCCCGAGCUCAGCUUUCUUGGGCAGCAGUUUGAAGAAGGUGACCUCUAGAUUUACCAACCCGAAGGUCACGUCUGGAAGCUUUAAGGUUGUUGCUGAAGUUGAUGAAGACAAGCAAACCAAUAAGGACAAAUGGAAAGGCCUUGCCUUUGACACUUCUGAUGACCAGCAGGACAUCACCAGAGGGAAGGGAAUGGUUGAUUCUCUCUUCCAAGCUCCCAUGGGCACUGGAACCCACCACGCUGUUUUGAGCUCAUAUGAAUACAUCAGCACUGGACUUCGCCAAUACUUGGACAACAAUAUGGAUGGGUUUUACAUAGCUCCAUCUUUCAUGGACAAGCUAGUGGUACACAUCACCAAAAACUACAUGACCCUUCCUAACAUCAAGGUUCCUCUCAUUCUGGGUAUUUGGGGAGGCAAGGGUCAAGGGAAAUCUUUCCAGUGUGAGCUCGUCUUUGCCAAGAUGGGAAUCAACCCCAUCAUGAUGAGCGCGGGAGAACUGGAAAGUGGGAAUGCAGGAGAGCCUGCAAAACUGAUCAGACAACGGUACCGUGAGGCUGCUGACAUAAUCAAGAAGGGAAAAAUGUGCUGCCUCUUCAUCAAUGACCUUGACGCUGGAGCUGGUAGGCUUGGUGGAACCACACAAUACACUGUCAACAACCAGAUGGUUAAUGCAACUCUUAUGAACAUUGCUGAUAACCCCACAAGUGUCCAGCUCCCUGGUAUGUACAACAAAGAGGAGAAUCCCCGUGUUCCCAUCAUAGUCACUGGCAAUGACUUCUCUACACUGUAUGCCCCCCUCAUUCGUGAUGGUCGGAUGGAGAAAUUCUACUGGGCUCCAACUCGAGAGGACCGGAUUGGUGUUUGCACUGGUAUUUUCAGGAGCGACAAUGUACCCCAGGAGGAUAUUGUAAAGAUUGUAGACACCUUCCCCGGCCAGUCUAUUGACUUCUUUGGUGCCCUCAGAGCUCGGGUAUAUGAUGAUGAGGUUAGGAAAUGGAUAUCGGGUGUCGGAGUCCAGGGUAUUGGGAAGAGGCUUGUGAACUCAAAGGAGGGUCCCCCAACUUUUGAGCAGCCCAAAAUGACUGUAGAGAAGCUCCUUGAGUACGGCGACAUGCUUGUCCAGGAACAGGAGAAUGUGAAGAGAGUUCAAUUGGCUGAUAAAUACCUGAGCGAGGCAGCUCUCGGAGAUGCUAACCAGGAUGCCAUGAAGAGUGGAAGUUUCUACGGGAAGGCAGCCCAGCAAGUUAAUGUUCCUGUCCCUGAGGGUUGCACCGACCCCUCCGCUUCGAAUUUCGACCCAACGGCGAGGAGCGAUAAUGGGAGCUGUCAGUAUUAAGUUGAUGGCUAUCUCAGGGGGCAUAACUGCCUUAGAAUAUAUGGAUACCAGUGAUGUUUCCACCUCUGCACUCCCAUCAAUGUCCUGUAAUUUUGUGUUCAAAAGAUAUAGCUUUUUUUUCCCCUCACCAUCUUUUCCCAUCAGUUCCCCCUUUGAGAAAGUUGUUGAUACUAUUAAUUUCCAAUCUGCAUUACUAAAUUACUCA